AUGGCGCUUGAGGAGCUGUCCACCACCGUGAGCAAGCUGACGUUCAACAUCUUUGGCUCCGAGUCCGAAAGGAAGGUCGGCAGCUUCCUGUUCAACGAGAAGGCCGAGUGGGCGACUUCGCGGGAGCUGCACGGCCUCGCCGCCUUGACCUUCAACGAAAAGGAGUGCGCCGGCGUGAUGGCCGUGAUCGGGAAGGCCCUCAACCCCAAGGACAGCACCUGGCGCACCUUGAACAAGGCGGUCAGACUCCUCCGCCACUUCGUCUUGUACGGUGCAGAGAGAUGUGUGGACCACGCCUGGGAUCAUCAGCGACGGAUAGAAGAGCUAAGACGAUACAACUCUGCCAUGCACGGGCGCACCUCGACGUUGAACGGAGGCGGCACGGACUUCGGGGGUCCCGUGCGAGAGGCCGCCGCGGAGGACGACGCCUUCGGAAUUGUCCCGCAAGGCUCUAUGGGUGCCAAGUUCGACCUGAAACAGGUGCCGGGUCUGUACGAGGGUAGACCUGACCGCUACUUCGACGACAAGGCCGAUCCCAGGAAGAGAAGCCAGGGGGUGGAAGACAGCGACCACACCAGACAGGCCCAGGCUGUGGACCUACUAGACCUAGACAUCGGAGGAGAGACCACGCCCACGGCCAGCGUGCCGGAGGCCCAAGACCUAGUUCGCGCCGGAAAAGAGGCCACGCUGGCGGAACAGCUCAAAGCGCAGCAGCAGCAGCUCGAGCAGCUCCGGAUCCUUAUGCUCAGCAAGGGACGUCAGGGUGGCGGCGGCGGUGGCGGUGGCGGUGGCGGUGCAGGGCUUGUUGGGGGUAUCGGCGGAGUGGCAGCACAGGGAGGGGGGGGCAUGACGAUGGGAAGUGCACAGGGUGGCAGCGUGGCAAUAGCCGGGAGCGGCUUCGGGGGAGCGGGGGCAGCAGCAGGGGGUGGAGGACAAGCAGCAGUGGACAAGGUUUCGGAUGCGUUUGGGUCUGUGGGGCUGGGAGAGGGGGGUGGGGGGCUAGGUCAGCAACCGCGACAGGGCUAGCUAGCGAGCUUGGCUCGAGGCUCCGCCGCUGGACGCGGACGGGAUUUGGGGUGGGGUGGGGAGGAACCAUGGAUGUAAUUUUGGAUGGGUGGGUCGGAAUUUAGAUCAGUUUUCUGUCUGGCUGAAGUUAAGGGGCGUUCUGUCUUUAGCGCCGAAGGGAGGUGAGUGUUGCCCAGCUCUCCGCCCAAGGGGGGCGAAACUCCCAAAAAUUAUUUAUAUGGGGUGUUUCCGAAUAGGUUAGAGUUAAGGGCGGGGGGGGGGCGUACUCAUGUUUUGCAUGCCUUAGCGGUUACACCAUUGACCAUGCGUUCCCAAUAGGGUGGAGCGUUGUUCCCACGGGAUUGACCGAUCACAAAGGUGGCUCAAAAAUGUUUUCCCUGGCCCAUCUAUACACUUCCCGUGACGUAAGGGGGGGGUCUUUGAAUCGACGGGGCGGGCUGCUACUGUAGGACCAGCUUCCCUUCGGGCACGCCGCGAAAUAACGGAUAUAUUGUACGCAGUGUGGCUAGGUCUGGCUGGUGAUGUGUUG